CACGCAGGAUUCUUGAGAGAUUACCAGGCGGAGGAUACGGAAACGGAUGGUCGUAAUCGAUGUGUAUACGCGGUGCAUUGGUGUGACGCACAGAUUUUUUUUAUUUGUGUUCGAUUACUGAAGAAAACGCCGGCAUUUCGCGAUUUUGAGCGAAAAUGAUUUUUUACUGUGUGAUAUUGUUAUUACUCAGCUGGCCACAAGCGAAUUGUUCUGACUUAAAGAAUGAGGAGAUCUUCGAUCAACUUGCAACGGCGUCGGAAAACGUGGCGCGUGUUGUUAAACAGUCGAAUGCGGAUUCGAAUAGGUCUGAAGAACCUUCAAGCGUAUCGUCAUCCGUACACUCGACAGUACAUUAUGAAAAUUCUAACGGAUUCGUGCCCAUGAUACCUUCCGUCUCUUCGUCGUACGACGAUACCGACAUGUCAUCGUCGAGUGACGUCAGCGAUCUGAACGAGAAGGAUCUAAAUCUGUUUGAAGAAAGCAACGCGACGAAUGCCGUAAGUGCUCAAGACACAAGCUCCGACACAAAGGCGAGAGAUUUAGAGGAAGACUUAGCGUACUCCUCGGAAGCGAGGAUUUUCCUGAAUUUCCCAGAAUUGCUGACGAACCGCAGAUCUUUCGAUUUCCAGGAGGGCCGAACGAAUGAGUUUGAGCUGCUCAAGGUCAACAACGACACUCCCGCAGUAGCCAACUAUCAGGACUUCUACGAGAAUCUGCCCAGCACCGACAGCGAGUCUGACGCGUCUUCUUCUUUGGGAUAUGUGAGCAAUGAUAAGAAGAAGAGAAUUGAGAACUACAACGUGCACAAUUAUGGUCGACAGUCGACGUCAAGUCGUGAUGAAGAUCCGUACGCUCAUUAUUAUUCGUACAACAACGCGCAAGACAUGAAGAAAACUAAUUACGAACGGGAGAAAGUUAACGGCAAUUAUCGUGGUUUGCAAGAUAUCGCGAACUACAACGAUCAAAGCGCAACCAGACAGAAUGCCGGGUCGUCUUCGUCAAUAACGAAUUACGAAGUCAACGAACUCACGCAUAGCGAAACUUACGACAACGCGGCGGAACCGUCGAGAACGCAUCCUAGAUUUUUCAAACCGGUCGUGGUCGCUGAACCGAACAGCUACAAGACGAAGUUCAGCAGCCAGCUGCAAAACAGCAAUUCGAAUACUGAUUACAAGAAUUUGAGGAAUUUGGAGCCGACGGGAACGUCGGAAAGCGCGGAGACGUCGAGUCAAUACGAGACUUAUAAUGACAACAGCAGACAGCGCAGUUACCAUCGCACAGAAGACUCGAAGAGUUCGGAUGAGAGUUCGGAUUACUCGGAGUACAUCGAGCGACCACGAACAAAAGUGAAAAGUCGAAGACGUCCGUCGUAUUCUGACUCUGCAAGAAAUCUUCCUAAGGAACAUCGAGGAACAUCAGCGUCUGACAACAGCUCUGAAGAAGAAAAAGUGCAAAAGCACAGCUCAUCAAAAAUGAAGUCGUCGCGAUACCGAGUGAAGACGAAUCCUUGGAUCAACGAUCCUGUCACAAAUCAUCAGAUUGACAGUAUUGAAGAUAUUAGACACGACAACAGAAAUAGCUAUACACACACGAGCUCCAAAGCGCAUCACGGAUCCAGACCGAAAACUGUCAACACAUGGAGUCAGAUUUCUCCUACUCUGGAGAUCUCUCACUCGAACGGAAUUGUGUUAGAUCAGCUGGAAAAGCCGAAAUUUUCCGUUGUUCCCGUUAAGGUCAACUUGGUACCAUUAGCGAAUUUCGAUCACGCGACCGCACUGGACAAUAGCCAGGGUUUCGAUAUGUCCAACGCGAUCUUGCACAAUUUUGUCACAGCCGCGCCAAUCGGAGCGUUCAGCACAGCCGCUCCUCUAUUGAAUUCACAUCACCAGUCUAUUCUAGCUCAAAAUUUAGCGUUGUCGAAGAAUUUGGCAGUUUCCACACCAGUACCACCUGAUGUCAUAGUUGGUCAGAACACCUUUCAAAAUCCCGUGCACACGGUUCUGGUUUCUCAGCCGAGCGAACAGAACAAAGUCGGGGAUUCCUUGAGAGCGGGCUAUUUGCCGAGCACCGUGACACCCGUAUUCGCUUUUACUCCGAGCCUGACACAAGCGUUGCACAACGUGCGAGUUCAAAAUAACGUUACACCGCGUACGACUUUUGCCGUGACGCCCGGUUCUACAUCCGUCGUCCAGCAGAUGCCGAUAAAUCAGAUGCAGUCGGGAGUGCAGCAGCUGAUAGUACCGCAACCAACCAUUCAGACGUUUCCAAAUUAUCUGCAAACGCCUCUUCAGACAAAUUCUGAAUAUCAAAUUCAAUUGAAUUCUCACGGAUUGCAGGGUCAGAACUUGAUAAAUCACGGUAACUUGCAGGUGCAAAGUUUACCAACGUCCACGCUGAUGUCCGGCCAAACGAUGCCGGAGAGCAGAGCCAACUUGAUGUCCCAUGAGUCGCAGAACAAAGAAAAUGUGUAUUCCGAUUCGAGCGCAAACUUCGUAACUUCCGCGACUAUGACUGUAGGCCAGAACGAACAGAAGCAUCCGACCAAUGUAAAUUCGUACUACAUACAGAAUCAAAAUUCGCAGCAAGUGAUGAAGCCUCAAGAGAAUCACAUGUAUCAGAUGAUCAAGGACGUCGAUAUGACGCCAAAGACAAAUACUUACGUUCAAGCGACUCAGAUGAUACCGACGAUGUUGCAGCCCAGCGCGGCUUUAAAUAGCAUGGCUAUGAACACUCAUCAACAACAGCUGCUUGCGAAUCAGCAACCUCAGCAGUACGACGCUAUGCAACAGCUGCAAAUUCAAAUGAACAAACAGCUGAUGAAGAACAGUAGAUUACCCAGCGUGCAGACCGCUGACAACAUGGCUAGUCACUCGAACACCGUGAACAACCUGAACUUACUUGGGAUAUCUUCAGGAAACGCGCAUCUUCCGGAUAUAGGCACGAGGAACGUGGAGAUUGUUAAUCCGAACAUCAAACCGAGUUCAAUCGACACAACUAACGCAUUCAAGGCGAUAAAUUAUCCAAUGACUACGCUAACAACGCCAAUUCCGAUCUUUAGCACUAUGAGUUCGGUCACUCCGCAGACUGUCACUCUUCACAAUUACAUAGAUUCUUUGACAGAAACAGGAGCCAAAAAUAAGCAGCCAAGUGCAGCAGAACUAAAACCGUCGCAGAAUCUGGAACGACCGAUGUUCAAUCCAAUCAACUUUGUUCCGAAUGUUGAUAUCAUCAAAAAUCAGAACGCUCUCAAUAACAAACCCGCCAGCGAACCUGUUCAGCAAGGUUUGAACUUGGUACCCGUCAUGCCCGGUGGCAAUUUCUUCAAACCAUCUUACACAGCGCAAAAUGAAUUGAUUACAAAACCAAAAUUAGCUUCGGAUCUGCAGAAAUACGCCGAGGAGAUGUUUAAAGAAUCCCUGAAGACGAUGUACAACUCGCAGAAGUGGAACAACGACAGGCGACCACAGGAAAACGGUCAGAACAACUCCGAGACAAACGAUCUAGCGAAGCUGAGGCUCGAGCUGCAGAAAUUGAGAACUUCUUUGACAGAAUCGAAAUACAAAGACGUUCUUGAGGCGCAUCAGAGCGAGACCAAGAUGCAUGCGACCGAUCCGCCCAAAUCUUUGAACGACAAGAAGAAAGAUCCGCUGUUGUCGACCAUAGAGCAUCUGCUGAAGACCCGACCUGCGGGACCGAUACACAUUUUCCACGGCAUCGACAGACCAAGUCGUAAACCCAAGCCCGGAGAUUCGAGCUUCGACUUCCACGAUGAUUUCGGUAGUAACAGACACGUGAAAGAAUUUCUCUCACCGCCGAGGCCGAAUUCCUUCCGCACAAAGAGUCCCUUCCAUGAAAAACCGAUAAAGAAACGACCAAGAUCGUCGAGGUACAAGAAUGGUUUGAGAAAACCGACAAGACCGCCGCCGCACAGAUUAGAAACGUCCGCCAGUAACGUAGACGUACAUCUGGACGGAUCGCAUUAUCAAAGACCGUCGUUCGAUCAUGAUAACUUCAAUUUCGAUUCCAAGCAUCAAUCCUUUGAUUCAUAUCCGACGUUCACCACAUCGAUGCCAGAGGUUCUCAACGAUGUUCUCAAAGAGCUCAAAACGUCGAAUAAGAAAGAUUACGACAUUAAUCAUCCAAGAAUACACAAUCUCCUCGGGCUGUUGAUGAAGAACAAACAAUUGCCAAACAGAAGUCCGCAAAACUAUUUCCGCGAUAAGGAUCAAGUGAGGCAGUUCUUCGAGAAUGAGAAGCGUCAGAUGCAACAGCACUAUUACGACGAAGCCCUAAGGGAUUAUUUCAACAGAUCAGAAGCGGCGUUGCAGUCCGACUCGUUCUCCAACAGAAAAGUUUAUUCGGGAAAUAACGCCGCGUAAAUUCGUAAUCAAAAAGUACAAGUGAGCCGUCGAUCACGCUUAUGCCACUCGCCGGAUUUGCGCGUGACUAGUAAAUCCGCUCGCGAAAGAACUGCAAAUUAUAUAGGCGGACGAGUACGUUUUACCUCGUCUAAGUUAAGCGGACGAGGUUCUUCUCGUCCGCUUUAUGCAUUAAAUAAAAAGUUGUAUCGCGUCUCAGAAUCGAUUGCGCGAAUCGCACUGAGUGUUUAAUUAUAGUAAUCAACAUUUUAUACGGAAGUCGUAAAAUUAAAAUCGUUAGUAUCAUAUACGCGCUCGCACGGAAUAAUCGGGAAAGAGAGGAAAUUUUCAUCGAUCGUCUGUAAAAUGCGCUAACUAAUAUACAUGUUAUGUAUGUAAAUAUUAACUUAAACAACAAGAAAUACACACGUAAUUACACGGCGUUUGUGCGACGCCUUGUGUUCUAUCUCCAUUCUCUUUUUUUUUUCGUCAAUAUUUUCUCUUUCGUUUUAUUUGUGUCCAAGGACACAAUAAGUAGAUCUGAAAACCAGACGAACUUUUUUUUACAUUGAGAAGAAAAAUGCACGAAUUUUGCAAGAGGUAAGU